ACCGAACGCCGCCCCAACUAUCGCGAGAACCAGAGGCAGCGCGAGAAGAACGGGUCCAGGCAAGGCAUAGCAAUAUUCAUAUUUAGCAACAACAACAACCAUUACGAAGAAUGAUUAUUCCGUUAUGUAGACGGAAAGAAUAAUGAAACGUGUGCCCCCACAAAGACACGGAUGAAAACACUGGACUGUGAUAUGCAGGAUGUGGCCCAGUUUCUCCGGAUGUAUGCCAGACGGUGAAGAAGGGGCAGGCCUCGUGAAUCCUCCAGCCAUCCAGCUACUGGCUGUCUGAAGCCCAGAUUUUCUUGUUGAAACGAUAAAGUAUUAAAAUUCACAAAAUAAUGUAGCAAAAAAGCUUAGCCUUGGAGAUAUCUGACCUCUUUUAACCCCAUCUCACAUGGGUCCGGUACAUUUUAAGUCUUCAUUUUAGAUGGGGCUGAGCACAACACUUAAGUUCACACUCAUUUGUAAAUUACUAGACCAAUGUGCCGUGUUUGCCCCGAGUCAGUUACCCCAGCUGUGCAAUCCAGCUGUCUGUUGCAUGUUUGAAGUGAUUUGAUAGGCCGUCAAGUCAAUCACAAUGAACGGUUCUCUUUUAACCCCGCCCAGCCCGCGGGCAGCAAACUCCUCUCCCUUACCUCCCUCCCCCUCCCCGUCUCCCUCCCCUCCAUCUCCCUCCUUGCUUCCCCUGUCGUACCGGCCCCCCCCUCUACCCCCUCUGAUGAGCCCCCCCCCGCAGGCUCACCCUUCCUCCCUGUCCGACACCCCCACACCGUCUCCCUCGCCUUGCCUGAGCUGGACCGAAUUCUGUGAGCUCCAUGCCCGCGUUGCAGCCGGUGACUUUGCACGCCACUUUCGGGCUUUUCUCUUGGAAAACCCCCACUACUCUCCAGACUCAGCGGCCACUUUCUGCCGGCGCUUCACCGACCGGUUCGUUCGCCACUUCCAGAGCGAGCUGGAGGGGGCGCUCCCGCCAAGCUGUGCUUCUGGGAGGGACGACAUGGCGAGCUGGGCUCCCCAGUCAGAUGCUACUUCCCUGGAAGAGGAGGCAGUCUCCCCGCUGUCUGGGGGAGCUGUCCUCCCAUGCCCCCCGACUAACACUACCCGGGCCUCAUCCAAGCCUGCUCCGGCACGCCUGGUGCUGGAGAGCCGCAGUGGGGACAGGUUUCAAGAUUCGUAUGCCCACAGCCAAGUCCUGCCUCCAUCUUCGUCAUCGUCGUGUUGCUCCUCAGUGGGAGGGAACAACGGGAGACGUGAAGAGAGGGGGGGCAUGUUUGCCCCUGGGAAUGGGGAAGCACCAGUUGAGGAAGAGGAGGACAGCUGGUUAGGGGUGGCGUCUGUGGAGGAAGACGUGGAGCCAGAUGAGCGGGAGGCAGAGUGUGCAGAGGUGGACAGCGCUGACCCCUCCUACACUCCUCAGAUCCCCCCCUCCUCUGCCUCUCCUCCGCCCGGCUCCAAAGGUAACAGUACGCCCAACUCUAAAAACAAACUGAAGAAACGUUUUUCUCUGCGGAGUGUGGGUCGUAGCGUGCGGGGGAGCGUCCGCGGCAUCCUGCACUGGCGAAGCUCGUCCAGUGACUCUGCCCAGAGCCAGCUGCCCUCCAGCUACAGCUACACCAUGGGGGACGCGGCCUUGGCCUCUACCUCAAAGAGGAACUCUGGUACGCAGCCUCCCACGCCCACCUCCUCCAUGCCUGUGUCUCUGUCCAUGCCCCUCUCCCUUCCCCACUCCUCGUCCUCCUCGCUGCCCCCCUCCUCUUCAAGCAGCGCCACCUCUCUGUCUCUUUCCGACGCGGCUCGGGAUCGGCGACGGAGCAACGGCGAAGGAAGUGAGAAGGAGAAGUGGAGCCAUCGUCUUGAGAAACUCAGACUGUCACGAUCCCCUCCUCCUGUCCUCACCCCGACCUCGGCCGGCCCUCACUCCGCCUCCUCCACGCUGCCCCCGAGCAGUGCCUCCGCGGCUGCCCUGGGACCGCCGAGGAAGGUGGGCCGGCUGGUACGCGAGGGCGGGGUGAGCGUCAGCUCAUCCAGCGACGAGUUGAGCGGAAGCCAUGGCUUUUCUGGCUUCUCGUUUGGUCUACUGCAUCACGGUACGGACAACAACAACGCUGCCUCGGCUUCUUCUGCUGCAGCUCAGGGCGGCCCAGUGCCGCUGCUGAUCAGCGGGGGGAACGUGCCCUGGAGAGGAGGGCGCUGGCAUAAGUGUCGCCUGGUCCUCAAAGAGAGGGACCGGGAGGGCAGCGAGCGGGGAGAGGAGUACUACUUGGAAUUCUUCAUUCCACCUAAAUCAUCGAAGCCCCGGCUGACGGUCCCGUGCUGCUCAAUCGUGGAUGUGAGAAGCACUACGGCGCUGGAAGUCCCCGACAAGGAGAACACCUUCCUACUGCAGCUGGAGGGGGGGGCCCAGUAUGUGAUCGAGACACGGGAUGCUGUCCAGAUGAGAGCCUGGCUGAGUGACAUCAGGAACGGCAUCUGUCUCAGUGAACAGGAAGAUGCUGAAGGUGUGUGUAUGGGGCCGUUGGACAUCAGCGGGACACCUGAGAUUGUUGACCGUCUUUCACAAGUGUGUUACGGAGGUAUCGGAGGAUCCUCUCCUCUGAUGGAUCCUCUCCCACCGGAGCUGCCCCCUCGAGCCCCUCUCGACGAACCAGACAGCCGGAUCCUCUGCGGAGGCGGGGCGAGCCUGGGCACACCUUUCGCUGAGACGCCAGAUGCCACAGGGUCCUUCCUGUUCUCGGAGGUGACCACGGAGGCCGUGGAGCAUCCGCUCAGCGAGUGUCAGUGGUUCCACGGCACGCUGUCCCGUCUCAAAGCUGCUCAGCUGGUGUUGGCUGGAGGCCCGGCCAGCCACGGCGUCUUCCUGGUUCGCCAGAGCGAGACACGGCGCGGCGAAUACGUCCUCACCUUUAACUUCCAGGGCAAGGCCAAGCAUCUCCGCCUGUCCCUGAACGAGGACGGUCAGUGCCGAGUGCAGCACCUCUGGUUCCAGUCCAUCUUCGACAUGUUGGAGCACUUCCGGGUGCACCCGAUCCCGCUGGAGUCAGGGGGCGCCUCAGACGUCACGCUCAUCAGCUUCGUGGGCGCCACCGCUCUUCGCCAGCCAGACUUGACCAGCAGACCCCGUAGCCCUCCCCAGCCUCCCCCCCCCCUGCCGCCGGGCCGGCCCCCGCCCCCCACGCCCCCCCAGGAGAGAGGAGACGACUCGGAGGCAUCAGGAGGUGGAGGAGGAGCAGGAGGAGGAGGAGGAGCAGCAGGAGGAGGAGGAGGAGGAGGAGGAGCAGCAGCAGCUGUGGUGACCAUGGCAACACCACCAGGAGGAGGAGGAGGAGGAGAGGAAGACUGGGAGGAGAGGGAUGCUGUGGAGGGAGACGAGAGAGAGACAGCGAGGGCUCCCCGAGCCAUUGACAACCAGUACUCCUUCUUCUGAUGAAGGGAAGGCCAGGAGGGGGGGGGAGGAGUGUGUGUGUGUGUGUGUGUGUGUGUGUGUGUGUGUGUGAGCGAACGUGAGAUUGGAUGAGGCAUCAUAGCCAUUCAUAACCAGUAAUUUUAUUUAGUUAGCCAGGCGGAGGAGGAGGAGGAGGAGGUGUAAAGUACUAACACUAAAGGAGAGAGAGAGAAGACGGGUGAGAGCAGCUGUACAGCACCAGCUAGCGGUACAUUUCUUUUAUUCUUAUGUAGUCAGAUAAGCUUUGUUUUUUGUUGUUUUGCCGGUACGACUCACAGCCCGGCUCUCUGUCCUCGCCGCGACCAGCAGCGAGAGCCGGAGCGCUGUGAAGCCAGCAGUCCUGAUACCUCACAGUGGUCCCGCCGAUCGGCACACGCUAACCCCGAGGCCAAACAUACUCUACAGACAUCUGUCCUGUGGCAGGUAGCCCCAAAGCUUUACACCCUCACUGGUACGGAGACCCGUCGCAGCACGCUCCAUUUAAAAGACGCUACGCCUACACAUAGGGCUGCACCACGGGAGGAAAAUACGCCCUAACCUUGUUGACUAUCGCGCCAAUAAUAACCCGAUAUUACCAGUUCUGCUGCUUUCAGUCUUCUGCUAAAAUCAGACUGAUGUCAUGAAGUGGUGUAUGUAUGGCACGCCAACUCGUACGCCAUUAUUGGCGUGUUAUCAAGACGCAUACUCGCUUUUUA